GUGACAAAGGGCCUUCAAAUGCCAAAGGAAAAGAACCCGACCACAGGAAUUGGGGAAUCCUGGCCAAAUCUCAAAUUGACAUCGCAGAACAACAGUCAGCACUAGAUGCGUGGAAGAAGGCACAACAAUGGGCCCACCAAGAGGACCACAGACCUACUGCUAGGAAAAUAAAUGUCAGCACAAAUAAGAAUGCAAGGGCUCCUCUGUACUUCAAGUGGAUGUGCUACGCCAGCCAACGACCUACGAGGACCCGUGAAAUGGUGAAGCAUCUUUGCAGAGCCCCAGUGUCUCGCAUAACAGAGAACUUGGAACAUAUAUAAAAGUUCUUGGGCAUAAUAUCAAGUCCUAGCCUACUCGCAAAAUUGGCAGCACCGAUAUUUCUGCUAUCGGCUUUGGUGCAAUGGGUAUAUCCGCUGGAUAUGAUGCCAUUGAAUCAGACGAGGAGCGCUUCAAGGUAAUGCAAUGUUUUUUACUACUAAGUGUCGGACGCUGCUUUUGCGAGCGGGCACGUUCUGGGACGAAAUUCGGGUUCACGGCUAUGGGUGUCGAUGGAAGGCCAGAGUGUCAUAAUUGAAUUCGAAAAAUAAAAUCUCUAGGCUUGGUGUCGACACACUCGACUUGUACUAUCUUCACAGGUAAAUUGUAUGCACAUUGGUUGUGAAAGGCACGUUGUUCUAUAAAGGCCUGACCCUUCUGUCCCCAUCGAAGUAAAUGGUAUAUGUUGGUCGAUUUGCCAGCAUUCGCUAAUCGCCUUCCAGUUGAUUGUCGGCGCCAUGGCAGAACUUAUCAAGCGAGUGUGAUAUCAAUUGAACACCCCACUCUUUGAAACUAAAUCACAUUUUACGACGUUAUCUCAAAGAGCCGUCCACCCCAUCGUUGCAUUACAAGUUGAAUAUGCACCAUUUAGGCUUGACAUCGAAGACGACAAGAUCACGCUGCUGAAAACA